GUACUGCGCUGUCCAUGUUCCUUGUCUCGGUACCCAACCAUCGUCAGCUCCUUCAACUGCUUUCUCCCUUUACGUUUAUUUUUCUUUUGCCUCAAUGUCUAUUUCGCAACGCCUGUCUACGAAGUACUGUUAAUGGCAUGGGACGUGCACUUCAGGAUGCAAUGUAGUCGGUACCUACGACUCCUUCGGGGUCUCGUGUACGCAGCAUGGUCCUGGUCCUUCCUCUGGUCGCUCAUACGGCCUGUCAUUGGUACCGUAUCUUUCUUGCUGUUUAUCUUUUCUUUUUCCCGACUCCAAGUCCCAGGUGUGGGCUCUGUUUCUCGUAUGUGGACGGGACGGAACUGA